AUGUCGAAACAAUAUCUCUCCUGGGGUGCUGCGGACAAUGCGCACUCUGUUGAUAUUUUCGCACUGGCCGUAACAGAUAAGCAAGUCCUGUCUGUGUCAGGCUCUCCUUCUAUCAAAGUGCACUCCACUGCAGACACCGAGUUCCCACUGGCGCAGUCCAUCGAAGAUGCCCACGAGAUUGGGUGCCACCACAUUGUGACCGAUGCCAGAGGCUCACGCGCGAUCAGUGCUGGAUUCGAUGGUAAAAUAAAGGCCUGGGCAUGCCAGGAUGGCUACUGGGUUGCCGACCAAAAAGUGAUUGCCGACCUCAAGGCAGUUGACCUUUGGGCCAUAGCUCUGUCUGAAGAUGGACAGUACCUUGCUGGUGUUACCAAGGAGGGACGCAUCAAUGUAUUCGAUUUGGCUGCUAAUGGUACUCAAAUCCGAGACCACGAGACCAAGGGUAGCUUCGGGUAUUGUAUUGACUUGUCUGCUGAUGGUCGUUUCAUUGCUUCUGGCCACGAAAACGGCGCUGUCUACAUCUUUACUACCGAAACAGGGCGCAUGCCGUUCUCUCUCUCAGGCUUGGUUAAACCCGUAAGAAACGUAGCCUUCUCGCCCGGAGGAAAGAUUCUGGCAGCAGCUGGUGACUCCAAGAUGAUUGUGCUCUACGACACUUCCUCGGGAGAACAAAUUGCCAACCUAUCCGGUCAUUCUGGAUGGGUCUUGUCCCUUUCUUGGAGCAACACUGGUGAAUAUCUUCUGAGCAGUUCAUUCGACGGCAAGGUUAAAGUCUGGUCCAUGGAGACCAAGAACUGCGUUGCUACUCACUCCGAGACAGAGAAGGCUGUGUGGAGUGCCAAAUGGCUCCCAAAGAUCGGGAAGACAGAGGGAUUUGCAACUGCUGGCGCCAACCGAAGCAUCGCAUUUUACCGCGAGGCCACGGGAUAA